CAUCAAUGAUAACCAAGGCUUCUAAGUUAAGACAUCUUUUAUAAUGGUGAUCCCAAUUAGAUAAGGGGAAUUGAAGGGUGUUUUGUAAAUUGACAUGCGAAAUAUGAUUAAACCUAAGGGUCGUGGUAAGAAGAGAAAGAGAUCUAAUAAACCUUUUGUAUAAAUAAGUCAGAUUUUAAGUUAUGGGUAAUGAUAUAAAGCAUUAAUUAACCAAUUUACUAGGUACGUGGAUAUGAGUCGCACUCUAAUUGCUAAGACCUAUGAUACUAAUCUGUUUCUCAAACCGUGAUAAGUGGGGUUCGAAUCGUAGACCUAGUAACUGAGAGCCGAAUGCCUUAACCACUUUAUAUCACUCCAAAUUUCAUGAUGAAUUUAAGGCCAAAUACCCUAAAUCUACUACAUGUUACACAACAGAAGUAACUAAUCUGUGUUGUCCUUAUAUAUCCUAUCGGAUCGUAAGUAAGGAGUCACAGUUUUUUAAAAUUUAUCCAUGGUUAGGUUGAAGGAUAUGAGAUAUUAUGACUUUAUCGUAGAUUGUUCCCUACUAGCCAUCCUACCAUCGUUUCGUCAACUUUGAUGCGGGUGAAAUUUCUGAUGUUCCGUGUAUGUAUAACUUAAAAAUUUUAGCAACUAUUAUUAUUUUCAAUUGUCUUUCAGAUGUUUCCUGUGUUUCAUUCCUCUUGCCCCUCCCAAAGGAUUAUUGAUGACCUUUCUCUGUUUUUCCGUCUCCCUUGUGGCUGUAACUUGAUUUACCGAUUUCCGGAUAAAAGUAGUCUCAUAAAUUGUCUAACUUCUUACCCAGUAAUUGUAAAUAUAAAUCAGGAUCCAAUAUUACUGCCGUCACACAAGUCAGUCCCUGCAUGGAUUGAAGUUAAACACAGUCGAAACAUAUCCUUAUCGUUUUGGUUUGUCAUGACAGUACUUUGGAUGCUAGUUUGUUGUUCAGUCGGUUUUAUUGCAGAGUCGUACUUUGUCCAGUUAACUUUGUUUUUCUCUGCCGUUAUUUUCAUUUAUAUUCAUUUACGUAAUACCGUUACUGAAGAAUCUCUUCUACUCAUAUCCGGAUAUGGUUUACAAACAUCAAAUCGUUACUUUACUGGUCGACGAUCAUAUUCUUCAUUUAUUCCAGUAGAACGGAUUAAAGGAUUUCAUUUAAUAGAUUCCGUCAGUCCAUUUACUAUUUGUACUUAUUUAAGUUGUGAAUUUGCCAAGGUCACUUCUACUAUUAAUACUACUACUACUACUACAGCUGAUCCACAGAAAACUGAAUCCUUAUUAUUCAAUAAAGCUACAACGGCAUUACAGACACAUUACGAUCUUUUACCAUUAAUGCCAAUUACUAUGGAUAAUAAACAAAUUCGAUUUAAAGGUUGUGAUCGUAUUCCAUUGCCUUAUCUUGUAUGGAUGUUACGUUUAGCGAAUACAGUUUUAUUUAAUUAAAUUUCUAUGUCGUUAAUAUCAUUCUUUUUUCAAUUUUGUUUUGGGAAAAACUAUUUUUUUUAGUUAUUGCUUACUGU